AUGGCUCGAACUAAGGAGGAAGAGGCCGAAUGGCAGAGCCACCGCGACGAGCUCAGGGACUUGUGGCUGAAUCAGCAAUGCCCUUUAAAGCAGAUUCAAGAGUAUAUGUCCCAGAGGCACAGUUUCCGCAAAAGCGAACCUCAGUACACUCGGCAGUUCAAGAAGUGGGGGUUCAAAAAGAACGCGACCGAUGAAGACUGGAAAUACGUUGCGCAUCGUCGCGAGAAGCGAAAAAGAGACGGAAAAGACCCCGGCGACGUCAGGAUACACGGCAACCUCAUCCCUGAUCCGAAGGUUAGAAAGGAAACAGCUCGUCAUGUCUCAUUGUCGUCGCAGUAUUUGUGGAUGGGAGACUCCGACCCCAAGACCCCGGAGGGGGUUGUCGUGGGUACGCCCCGAUUAGAAAUAGAUGGUCCUGUCUCCGACGACUCCGCGAACGUCCUUGCGAUGGACUGGUGCCAGGGCCUGAACGUGGAUGGUAUCAAUCUUGAAACUUCUACAAUGUUCCAAUCCGCCGAUCGGGACCCUCUUGCCUUCCAGAUUGAGCUCCCGGAGCUGAGUUUAUCGGAGUUCUAUUUGCAAGGGAAUGAGGAGCCAGCUGCAGCCUCUUCCUAUCUCGGGGAUGCUACGUUGGAACAAUGUCUGCCUGUAUUAAGGUCUGCUAGUACGCCGACAUCUACAAAUAGGAACAGCCAUAUUCAGUACGGCGCUGAUUCCAUCACCAACGACAUUGUUGAAGAGACCCGCUGGACUCUCUUACAGCAGACCCGGGAUGUCAACAGCGACUUGGCAAGAAGAGCCGAGGCUAUAUUUCAAUCGCCCUCCCCGGAAAAUCUGUCUCACUAUCUCAGUCUCUGCGUCUACCUGUCAUCCAAUAACCUGAUGUCCCUGUUGUCAACGGACAAGCUGGUAUUGCUUAUCAAGAAAAGCGGCUCUCAGUCGAGACUUAAAGCGCUCUUGAAGUCAACGACCACGACAAUCGAGAUAUUCAUGAGCAACCUGUUAGCUAGUGCGGCGGCCGUGGGAGACAUUGAGAUCUGUCGAAUCCUUAUCCAGGCUGGAGCGGACGUAGAUGCACCUAGUGGGCUGGGUAUGCGAACAACACCUCUUCACCGAGCGCUCAGGUACAAUAACGCGGAUUGUGCAAGGAUAUUGCUGGAGGCCGGCGCAGACGCAAAUUUAGUGAUCGAUGGGGAGACACCACUCCACACUGCAUGCACUAACUCCAAUGCACUUGAUAUUGUGGCCCUUUUACUCCAGUUUGGAGCUGAUGUUAAUCCACCGCAAGACUGCGCCCGACUCACGCCUCUGCAACUUGCUGUCCAGCAUGGUGGACCUGGUUUGGUGCAACUCCUUCUUGAUAAGAAAGCGAACCCGAACUCUUUCACAACAUCCAAGAGAGGUACAGCUCUACAAAUGGCAUGCCGUAAAUCUACCGAUGCCGAAAUAGUCGAGCUUUUAAUCGCUGCAGGCGCGGACAUUGAUUCUCGCUCAGGCUAUCGAUGUGACAAUCGAAGUCCUGAUUACCUUGGGGACAGCGAUGCAGACUCCGAAUCAGAAGAAGAGCCAGACGAAGACUUGCUUUUUGGUUGUACUGGCCUCCCCGAUUCCUUUAAGCCAGCCAUCCUUCUAGCGGCAGAAAACGAGAAUUGGGAGGUGGUCCAGCUUCUGUUGGAAGAAGGCGCCGCUGUCAACGCCAGCUUGAGAAAAUGCCCACCUACAGUUCUAGACCAGGAACUUGACGAAUACGAAUGGCAUUAUCCGGCCGUCUUUACCCCGUUGCAAGCAGCUAUUCGGGCACAGAAUAUCACCAUGACUCGCAUGCUUUUGAGCGCUGGAGCUCAUAUCGAUGCGAGGCCGAAAGGAAAGUAUGGCCACACCGCACUCCAGAUAUCUGCUAUGGUCGGGAAUGAAAGGAUCAUUGAAAUUCUCCUGCGGAAGGGGGCGGAUGUCCAUGCCCCUGCUGGCGUCUAUCGUGGAAGGACAGCACUUCAGGCUGCUGCUAUACAUUCGGAUACAAAAGUGUUGAGCAUCUUGCUCAGGAAUGGGGCAGAUGUAAAUGCUCCACCGGCCAAAGAGAAAGGCAAAACUGCCCUGCAGAUAGCAGUAGCCGCGGGCAACACCGAAGGGGUCAGGAUCCUUCUUGAUGCAAAUGCAGCUGUCAAUACCGACCCGAUUCUCACUGAAGGGGUCACAGCUCUCCAGGAAGCUAUCCAAAUCGGAGACUCGGCGAUAAGGAAUGAAAUAGUUCACCUACUGCUGCGAGCCGGAGCGUAUACUGAGAGUCCCAAAGACCAGAAGCAAUAUGCGCCUCUUCAUGUCGCAGUGAGAAAAGGAGACCUGGAAAUGACAAGAAAACUCCUGGAGAAGGGUGCGAACCCAAACGUGGGGUUUUGUGCGCAGACAAACCUAACCCCUCUGCAGCAAGCUUCGUCCCAAGGCAACGAAGAUCUGGUCCAGGUAUUGAUAGACCAUGGAGCAGACGUCAACGGCCCGCCUUCGUUUUCUGGAGGGCGCACAGCCUUGCAGUCUGCAGUUGAAAACCGCCAUGUGUCUAUGGUGAAGAUGCUAUUGAAGUCUGGCGCGAAGAUCAAGUUAAACAGAGCUACAUUUGCUGGAAUCUCGGUGAUGGAAGCUGCCGCCAAGAGAUGUGAUCAAGAGCUUGUCCAGCUUUUCCUCGAUAAAGAACCGGACAUCAUAUCAUCUGACCCCAUCACGAAGAAUCAAGUUAUAGGGCUAGCUCUGAAAAGCUGGAACUGUGACGUGCCUUUGCUGGAGCUUCUGCUCAAGGGAGGAGCAGUCGUUAACAAUAACCCGUCCCUUCCGUCGGAGCCAUUUCUUCAAAUUGCAGCCGAAAGACACAACUUUAAAGUGGUCCAGUGUCUGCUUUCUGCAGGCGCCAACGUAAACCACCGCUGUGAAAGCAACUCUUCUGGCGAUGUCACGGCCCUUCAGGCCGCCGUUUCUAUGCGGAAUAUCGACAUCGUCCAGUUACUGCUCGAAAGGGGCGCCGACGUCAAUGCACCGGCAAACAAGUAUGGAGGGAAGACUGCGCUGCAAAUAGCAGUGUCACAGAACUCCCGACUUAUGACGGAGCUCUUGGUGCAUCAUGGGGCUGAUGUCAAUGGCUUGCCCAGUCCAGUGCGAGGCCGGACAGCUCUCCAAGAGGCUGCAAGCUCGGGUUACGUGCAGCUCUCGGAAUAUCUACUGGCUCAUGGAGCUCAUGUCAAUGCGCCAGCAGCACAUUUGGGUGGAGUCACGGCCUUGCAGGGGGCCGCGAUGCACGGCAACAUUCGCAUUGUGAUGAUGCUGCUUCUGGCAGGGGCAGAUAUCAAUGGAGCGCCUGCCAUUGAGCAGGGACUAAACACCAUUGAAGCCGCUGCAGGGAAUGGCAGGCUUGACACUCUACAUCUCCUGUUGAACUAUCACCCGGACACCGAAGAGUUUGAGAUCAAGAAAAAAAGAGCGGCGAAACUGGCACUGGCAAAUGGUCAUCUGGCCAUUGGGAGAUUUCUGCUGGCUUAUCGUAAACAUCCUUGGAAGAGAUGA